UAAAGAUUAAAGAAAGUUUUAUCGUCGCUGAAGCCAAUCUCUCCGACAAAUUUUCCUCGCCGCGCUGAGAGCUCGCCGGCGGCGAAUGGACCCCACUCCGGCCGGCAACAAGAAGAGGCAUGGAGGUCCGACCACAAUCCACUCUCUCGAACACGACAUCCUCUGUAUCGUCUUCUCCUUCCUGGACCUCUUCGACCUCGUCCGCUCCUCCGCCGUCUGCAAAUCCUGGAACGCGAUUAUCAACAAGUCUAAGCUGCUCCAAGUCUUCUACUUGAAGCAGCGGAGGAAGAUGGGUUUCGUGGGUUACUCCGAGAGUUCGGAGAAGUCACUGAAUGUUUAUUUGGAGGAGAUGGCCAUGGAGCGUCACCGGUUGGCAUUGCGAGAAGGAGAGAUUGGUGUGGAUCAAUGGAAAGGCCAUUCUCUCGGGGUGAAGCAGUGCCGAAUGAAGAUGGGCUUGCUUCUUACUGGUGUUGGUGAUAAGGUUAUGCGGCUUUGGUCGUUAGAGAAUUAUAAUUGUGUAGAAGAAUAUUCAACACCAGACACAGCCUCUCUAGUUGACUUUGAUUUCGAUGAGAGCAAGAUUGUUGGAUUGCUUGGCACCCGGUUAUGUAUAUGGAGGCGAAGUGGGACAAAAAGUAUGUUUCCUUCCCGUGAGGGUACCUUUGCUAAGGGUCUAUGCAUGCGUUACUUUGAUCCAGAGGCUGUGGUUGGGUGUGAAGAUGGAACUGCUCGUGUAUUUGACAUGUACAGUAAGAGUUGUUCUCGGAUAAUUAGGAUGCAUGAUGGGCCAUUAUCAUGCUUAGAUUUGAGAGAUGAUCAAUUGAUAAUCAGCGGUUCCUCUCUCGGUAGCGUCUCCAUAUCAGGUCUCUUAUCUGAUCAGCGGAUAGCGAAGCUAAGAUCAAGAAAUUCCACAGACUUGAGGGCUUUGUCUUUUAACCCAUGCUCUCACCUGGUGUUUGCUGGAUCAACUUCUGGUUAUACAACUUGUUGGGACCUUAGGACAAUGAGAAUUUUGUGGGACAAACGAGUAAGCCCGAAUGUCAUAUAUUCCUUGCAACAUCUGGGAAAUGACAGGUCGACUUUAGUUGUUGGAGGAAUAGAUGGUGUGGUACGUCUUAUAAACCAGAACACAGGUGAAAUUCUUUCCAGCAUAGUCUUGGAAGGCAAAAUGUUAUCUGGCUCUCGGGGCAAUUAUGGAGUCGUUGAGAGAGCGAAAGGGAGAAGGCUUGCGGAAGAUACCCACAUCGACAGUAUUCCUAGAAGCGAUCGACCUCCCAUUACUUGCUUGGCUGUUGGGAUGAAGAAGAUAGUGACCACACACAACAGCAAGUACAUCAGAAUGUGGAAAUUCAGAAACUGAGAUACAAUUCUUCAUGUGUGCUUAAUAUGGC